AUCCAGGUACACCUAUGGGAAACCUGUUCAGGGGAAGAUAAAGGUCACUUUGAUUUGGAGCCUGAUGGAUCUCCUUAAACAAGAAGAAAUCAUGAUAUUGUCUACGAGAAUUGGGGAUAUGAGAGCCAGACAAACAAGAAAGGUUGUGCCAAUUUUACAGUAGAUAUGGAUGACCUAGAAGUAAACAGCACUGCCUACGGGAGCUCUUUUUUCAUUGCAGCAGAACUGGAAGAAGAAGGAAAAGGAGCCACAAACAUGGGAAUAGUCUCAGCUGCUAUCGCUACCAAGAUGGUGGAGGUGAACUUUGUCAAUCUCAACCCCUUUUACAAACUUGGAUUUCCAUACAUGGGAAAGAUGUGCUUUACCAUCAAUGAUGUUCCCAUCAAAAAACACACUGUCUACUUGACUGUGGAUGUCAAUGAUGUGGAGACGCACCUGCCAUACGUCACAGAUGAGAAGGGCAAAGUCCGCUUCUCACUAGACACUGCGAAAUGGAACAAUACUCUGGUUUCUCUGAGAGAAAGUCACAGAAAUGGACAAAGCAGGGUCAGAGCUAGGGGGGGAUCUGAAGAAAGAUCAGAGGAAGUGGAAGCAGGCUGUGGAACCUUGGACUCCUGGCUCCCAGUACUGCACGUUGCUCUGCCUGCCUUGGGAGCUUUAAUGAGCCCUUCCUGUUAUCUGCAGACUCAGGCAGGCUCCUCCAUUGGUUAA